ACUAUUUGUGACGUUCAGUUCCUUCUGAACAUUUCGCGAUAGACUUGUUGAGCUCGGGAUAUUUGAAAAAUUAAUCGGAAUAAAAAGUCUAAUUCAUUUAACACACAAAAAAUAAAGACUUAAAAUAAAAAUCCAUCAUCUAUUUCUCUUUAUAUAUAUAUAAAAUAAAAAUUCUUUAAAGUAUAGAAAGAUUUGACUGAGACGCGAAGAGAGAAACAGCGUCCGCGUAAAGAAAAACUACCAAAAGUGUGAAGAAUAACGAAAAACAAAAAGAAAAAUGAAGUCACAUACAGGAAUUAUUUUAGCAAUCGUAAUUAUUACGACAUGCAGUAUGCACAGAGAAGUCGAAGGUUGGGGAGGUCUUUUUAAUCGCUUUAGUCCCGAAAUGCUCUCAAAUCUUGGUUAUGGCAGUCACGGCGGAUAUCAGGGAAAAUCGUCAUAUCUCCAGCGAUCUGGAAUUUCGGAAGGAUUAACUGGCAAUUCUCUGGAGGAAUCAGCUGAUGAACCAUGUUAUGCAAGAAGAUGUACAGCCAAUGAGCAUUGUUGCCCUGGUUCUGUAUGUGUCGACGUGGACGGAAUUAUUGGAUCCUGCCUCUUUGCAUAUGGAUUAAAACAGGGUGAACUUUGCAGAAGAGACAAUGAUUGUGAAACUGGGCUUAUGUGCUCUGAAGUAGCUGGAGGGGAAACUCGAUCGUGUCAACCACCAGUAAAUUCAAACAAACAAUACAGUGAAGAAUGUAGUAUGUCCGGUGAAUGCGAUAUUAGUCGAGGUUUAUGCUGUCAAUUGCAACGGCGACAUCGACAAUCACCUCGAAAGGUUUGCUCCUACUUCAAAGAUCCUCUCGUUUGCAUUGGUCCAGUCGCAACCGAUCAAAUAAAAUCAGUAAUUCAAUAUACAGCAGGUGAGAAACGAAUCACGGGACAAGGGAAUCGUGUCUAUAAACGAACUCCAUUCGUUUAAAUUAAAAACUAAUAAUAAUACUAAUAAUAAUAAUAAUCUAUUCCCUCUUCCCAAGAUGCCCAUAAAAGCUACAAAUCAAAUCCUAUAUAUGAUUGUAGUCACUAAACUCUUUUAAGAUGAUAAGUAAUUUAGGUAUAUGCAUAUACUAUACAUAUCAUUGAUUUUAUUACUCUUUUUUUACAUGACCGAAACUGGGGCAUGUUAUAUAUUAUAAGAAUAAGAUGAAAGUAAAAAAAAAGAGAAGAAAAAAAAUGAAAGUUUCAAGAAAACCAAAAGGGAAAGAUAAAAGAACAAUCGAGAUGACGAGUAUAUAUACACAAGACAAAUAGAUUUUAAAGAAAAAAACAAUUACUCGACUUUUAAUCUUUCUCUUUAACGUGACUGAAGAAUACAACACAUAUCAGAGUAGCUUAAUACUCCUUAGCAACAUAAGUGCAUAUAGAAUAUAUCGAACAAAUUUUCAGGGAAUUUCUUCCAAUUUUUUUUAGUCUCUUCUCUUUGAUUUUGAGAACGUAAUUUUUUUAAAAGUUAUUAAUAAAAGUAAUUAAUAAUAGAUGACAAAUAAAAACUUUGUAAUUUGAAUUCUUCCAAAUUUAAUUCAAUACAUACAGAAAAAAGUAUAUUUGUCACAGGUAAAUGGAAACUAAAUUGUUACAAAUAAAUUGUAUUUGGUUCAAAUAAUUUUUAUUUGGUUCAUAGGAAUUUGAAUAUUUUGAAUAUUUUGU